GCCAAUGCCUGUAUAUAUGAAGGUAUCAGCACGCUAGGCUAUUUCGCAUCUCCUUGCCGGGUAGCCUAUGCUGUAUCAGGACAGGACGUCACGGUUUUGACCUAGGGCAAAGGAGCACGAGUUACCCAGUUCCAUCAGGUAAAUGCGACGGAUUUAUUUGAUUUACUAUUUGAUAAUGUUAUAUGCUGUCAUUCUGCAAUUGGGUGUAAUGCACCAUCGAAAAUAGUAGGCUCUAGCAAAUCGCCCUUUUCGAGACGCUUCCAAGCUAUCCUCUAGCUAAACUAUAUUAAGCUAUGCUGUAAACGUGCGGUUUCAUAGAAGCCGGUUUGGUGCAGUGUAAUUUAAGGUUAGACCGCAUGGGCGUAGGCUUGUCUCCCUGCAGCCUCUUUGGAUUUAUGUGGGUCCCGUUUAGGUGAAAAUAUUAUGUGGAUUGGGCUGGCUGUUUGGGCUCUUUAGCCUACUCUACAAAAUAUAUGUCCACUGUCCUUAUGGCUACAAUGCGGAGUUUUUCUCCUCUUUGGAUCAUCAUGGAAGAAGUGUGCUCUUGAUAAGGCAUGCAAUGUUUAGGUAUUUUUAUGGCACUUCUGGUUCUUAGUAGGGAUGUAGUAUAUAGCACUAUUCAGAGUGGUCUUUGUUGAAAUUUGUCACGCAGAGCAUCUGAACGUUCUUAAGUUUACCGGGCCGAGCACGCACGAGCCAGCAGGCGCCAUGGAGUCGCAUCUCUCCACCACCGCAUAUCUCCUCCUAGGUAAUGCACUCACUCUGCAUGGCAACCAACAGACGGUGAAUAGACUACAUUAGGCAAUCCUUACCUUUGUAAUCAAUAUUAUUCAAGAGGAGUCAUUAUCAAUACUUUAAAAAUGUUUUAUAUCUCUGAAGGACAUGGGUUUGUUGCGCUUGUAACGCCAAGGUAGUGGGUUCGAUCCCCGGGACCACCCAUACACAAAAAUGUAUGCACGCAUGACUGUAAGUCGCUUUGGAUAAAAGCGUCUGCUAAAUGGCAUAUUAUUGUUGUCUACAAAACCUUUUAGGAGGAAACCACUCGUUUUCUUUAAUGCAUGAUGGGGGAUCUACAGGUAUUGUUCUUAGGAUCAUUAUUCAUUGCAUUUUGGCAUUUACAGUAUUUCAUAUUGGCAUGUGCUACUAUUAGGCAGAUGGAAUUGUUGUGUAAAGUGAUUCACACCACCAUACAGAGAGAGGUUGCCAAUUUCCUGCGUUUUAAUCUCCCUUUGGCUAUGAACUAUUUCCUCCGUAUUAUUGUUUACGUUUCUUAUCAUUACAUCCUGUGACAUGAUUCUCAAGGAUGUCUCUUAUUGCCUCUUGUUCUGUGUGUCCUAGCAUUGGUCUCUACAACAUCUGGGUUCUUCUGGACUCCCCGGGGGCCUCAGAUGUACCCCUGCCUCACCUACAUGGAGCACAACCUGCGGGUGGACUGUGAGUUCCCUGUGGAAGACAACCCUGCACACCUAGGCCCCUACUGCGAGUACAAGCAGGACAGCCGACUGGUGGGAUUUGAUUGUUUUUGACAGAUUUUCAGUCUUUGCUAUUUUCUCCUUCUUUCUUUCUUUACUUAUGUAUACACUGAGUGUAAAAACAUGAGGAACACCUGCUCUUUCCAUGACAUAGACUGACCAGGUGAAUCUAGGUGAAAGCUAUGCUCCCUUAUACAUGUCACUAGUUAAAUCCACUUUAAAUCAGUGUAGAUGAAGGGGAGGAGACAGGUUAAAGAAGGAUUUUUUAGACAAUUGAGACAUGGAUUGUGUAUGUGUGCCAUUCAGAGGGUGAAUGAGCAAGACAAAAUAUUGAAGUGCCUUUGAACGGGGUAUGUUAGUAGGUGCCAGGCGCACGUACUGGUUUGAGUGUGUCAAGAACUGCAACGCUGCUGGGUUUUUCACGUUCAACAGUUUCAUUCCCCAUUGAUUUUGUUAUAAUGUUUGAGUCACUCAGAUAGCAUAAGAACAUGGCAUUAUCCAUGGCAAAAUUUGUAAAAUUGCAGGAAAUUAGCUUUGAAACUGUAAAAUGUUCUCUCUGCCCCAUGGCAAAAUUUGUAGAAUUACAGGAAAUUAGCUUUGAAACUAUAAAAUGUUCUCUACACCCCAUGGCAAAAUGUGUAGAAUUGCAAGAAAUUUGAUUUAAAAUGCCCACUACCAUGCUAACAUUGCCACCGCUGCUGAAAAGAAUCCUAGUGGAACACUGAAGCAAGUAAAUUAAGAAAAAAAUCUAAUUUACAAUAGGUGGGCAGCACCUACCCCAACGCUGUGUCCCUGGUGUCGACAGACAACCGAAGGAGGGCCAACGUGAGCUUGGUCAACCCCACCGUGUGUCGCCUCACCUGGGCUCCGAUGGCGGACGAGAAGCCCUACACCUACACCUGCAGGGUGUACCAGGGGUCUACCUGGAAGGAGAACAGCAUGGCUGUACACCAGCGUGAGUCAUCAUGGGUACAGGGAUGAGCAGGAGGAGGGACAACUGAGAUAGGAGUGGGAAGGGGAGUCAAUAUAGUUGAUGGUUAUCAAUGCAAACAUAUAUACAGCAUUGGAGUUGUUCAGUGGGUUGCCCUAAGAUAUGAAUAUACUCUAUCAAAUAUGUAGUAGGAUAGAAUGGAAUUAUGAAAUUAUUUCCAAGCAAAAACCACAGGAUUAUCUCUUUGUAUACAUGAAGACCUAUUUGUUCUUGUGUUAUUGCACAUCCAUACAGAUGAAGAACCAUAUGUGUGUUUUGAAAGAAUUUUGAAUAAUUAUAAAAAGUAUGGAAAAUAAGUAUGAAAUCAAAAACUAAUAGGUAAGUAUAAUUGAAAGAGAAGUGUGAUGACAUGAUCUUUCAAUAAUGACACUCUUGAUUUGGUAGACCUAUACACAUAAAAAAAGAUACAUAUUUGACAAUAUUCACAUUUUUCUAGAUGCAAUUUUCUUUGUUGCAAGGGUUCAUUUGUUGUGUUUGUGUACAAGUGUUUAAAUCUGAUGGUCUGUUUUUGUCUGUCUAGGAAUUCUUCCAAUCUGCUCAGCCCUCAGCGUGAUGUUCCAUACCGGGCUAUUUCUUCUGUCCCUUGUGAUGUCACUUCCUGUAACUACAGGGCUCCUCUCUCCCUGACCUCCUUUCAGUGUACAGAUAGCUAGAUGUAAUUACAUGUUUUUAGACAGAUUUUCAUAUCAUUAUUAUAGUACACAAUAAUAACUACAAUUUACUAAGAUUGUACGGUAUGCAUGUUCACAAGUGUAAUGAGUGAAACACAACAGUGGUACAUUGGAGGGCUGUGGCUCCAUAUUCACUGUUUUCUGACCACUUCAAUGAUCACUUAAAAACUGAUCCAUCAGACUAGAUCUUAUUUUGUAUUAUCUAUUCUCUAUAAUUUAGGCUUUGCUUUUGGAGUAUCAGGUAAGAAUCCUAUGAAAACAACUUAUUUAUAUCAGUCUAACUUUCAGAAUUUCCAGACUUUCAGGCUAUUAUCAGCCCUUUGGCUACAGGGAUGCUAGUACGGGAAUGGGUGGUCAUGUCCUAAAGAGAUUCACAAAGGCUGUUUACACAGGCAGACCA